AUGUCCGCGCCCGACAAGCAGCAGCCGCCGCACGGCGGGGGCACAGGAGGAGGAGGCGGAGCGGGCGGCCAGGCCAUGGACCCCGCGGCGGCGGGCCCCACCAAGGCCAAGAAGACUAACGCCGGCGUGCGGCGGCCGGAGAAGCCGCCCUACUCGUACAUCGCGCUCAUCGUCAUGGCCAUCCAGAGCUCGCCCAGCAAGCGCCUGACGCUCAGCGAGAUCUACCAGUUCCUUCAGGCGCGCUUCCCCUUCUUCCGCGGCGCCUACCAGGGCUGGAAGAACUCCGUGCGCCACAACCUGUCGCUCAACGAGUGCUUCAUCAAACUGCCCAAGGGCCUCGGGCGACCCGGCAAGGGCCACUACUGGACCAUCGACCCGGCUAGCGAGUUUAUGUUCGAGGAGGGCUCGUUCCGCCGGCGGCCGCGCGGCUUCCGAAGGAAAUGCCAGGCGCUCAAGCCUGUGUACAGCAUGGUGAACGGGCUGGGCUUCAACCACCUUCCCGACACCUACGGCUUCCAGGGCUCCGGAGGCCUCUCGUGCGCGCCUAACAGCCUGGCGCUGGAGGGCGGCUUGGGCAUGAUGAAUGGCCACUUGACGGGCAACGUGGACGGCAUGGCUUUGCCCAGCCACUCGGUGCCACACCUGCCUUCCAACGGCGGCCACUCGUACAUGGGUGGCUGCGGUGGCUCUGCGGCCGGGGAGUACCCGCACCACGACAGCUCGGUGCCCGCUUCUCCGCUGCUGCCGGCCGGCGCUGGCGGGGUUAUGGAGCCGCAUGCCGUUUACUCCAGCUCCGCAGCAGCCUGGCCUCCCGCGGCCUCCGCCGCUCUCAACAGCGGGGCUUCCUACAUCAAACAACAGCCUCUGUCCCCUUGCAACCCAGCGGCCAACCCCCUGUCUGGCAGCAUCUCCACGCACUCCCUGGACCAGCCAUACCUGCACCAAAACAGUCACAACGGGCCAGCAGAAUUGCAAGGCAUCCCUCGGUAUCACUCACAGUCGCCCAGCAUGUGUGACAGAAAGGAGUUUGUCUUCUCUUUCAAUGCCAUGGCCUCCUCUUCUAUGCACACUACUGGAGGAGGAUCUUACUAUCACCAGCAGGUCACCUAUCAAGACAUCAAGCCAUGUGUGAUGUGAGGUGAGGCCACGGGCCUUCCAGCCCAGCCUGGCCGGCCCAGGGACCAGGAGCUGCUCACCGCCACAAACUGCUUUAUUCUGGAGGUAUAACCCGUCAGCAAGAGAAAAGGGCCAGCCCCACCCCUAACGGAUUAUUUGUAAAGAAAACCCCAACACAGACUGUGGGCAGCGGCUGGCAACUCCACCCCCCCAAAACCCUCACUAAUUUCUAAAAAACAAAACAAAACAAAACAAAACAAAAACAGCGGCCAUGGGGACCCACGGCCAGGUCGGACUGCAGCUGUUAGUUAAAAAAAUACUUAUUUCCAACCCCGUUGAAAGUGGCCGCGGAGGUGCUGUGUCUGGGCAAAGCCAGCUACAUGGAAAGGAUUCUGCCGAGGUCUCUCCACCCCCAUACACACCAAGGGACAGUUUUUAGAAGCAGGGACACGGGAGACCAGUCGUUAUCAAAUACUUCUAUUUUUGGUUGAGUAUUUAUCUUUUAGUUUUUAACUUUUUGAAAGAAUGUCUUGAAAUGCAUAGACCUCCCUUGGACCAUUCCCCCCUCCCUCCCGGGGAGGACGAUGGAGCCACGGGGGUGGCAUCCCCUCUCGCAAACCCGGGGUCUCCUCCAGCGAUCACAGGUGAAUCUUUGUGGGAAUGACACAGAUAUCUGGAGCCACUGUUUGUCCUUUUUAAAAAGAAAACAGUGUCCGGCCGCCGAGAUGCUGCCCCAGCCUCUGGCCCCUCCAUCUCCCCCUUCCUCCAGCGUCUUUCACCUUACUCGGAGUCACAUUCUGACGUCUUCCCUGGGUGUUUUUCUGUCUCUGCCGUGACUUUCGGAAAAGAAAGGAGCACAUUGGGAUGUGGGGGGCCCGAGGCUCGACCCGGCCGGUGUAGUCGAGGCGCUCUGACACCGUAGACAGGCUUAGCCUGUUAUUUAUUCUGCUUUCCUUCCUUCUCAAAACACCACGUAGCCCUGCCCUCUCAGUAUUAAUGGUGUGACUUGGUUGGCAAUAUUUGCCGUGUAGAAUUGUUGAUGUUGUUGUUGUUGUUGUGGUUUGUUUUAGAUAUCCAUUGUACAUUUGAAACGAAGACCAAUCCAUGUAAAAACAAAUUCCCAUAUGUUUUAUAUAAAUAUAUAUAAUAUGAAGGACUGCCCAACCCCACCCCCCAUUUUAGUAUUUUGGCCGCAAAAGGUGCGGCAUCUGUGACACAUAUUUUAAACCUCCUUUCUGCACUGUAUCAAAGGGACAGUCUGAGGGUAUGCUUUUUGUGUACUUUUUUUUUCCUACAAAAAGAACAAAAAUAAAAAUGUGUAACAUUUGUA